ACCUCGUUUUAAGUUUUUUCCCAAUUUUCUCUGUCUCAUUCUCCUCAAACACAGUCUUAGACGAGUGAAGCCCCAAGAAGACGAAGAUGAAGAAGAAGGUGUGCGUGGUUGGCGGCGGGCUGGUGGGAUUGGCGGCGGCACGGGAGCUGCAGCGGGAGGGCCAUGACGUCUCGGUGCUCGAGCAGCGUGGCGGCGUCGGCGGGCAGUGGCUGUACGACCACACGGCGGCGAUCGACGGCGCCGACCCGCUCGGCGUCGCCGGCGUGCAGAGCAGCGUCUACGCCUCGCUCCGCCUCAUCACCCCGAGGGAGGUGACCGGGUUCUCCGACUUCCCCUUCAGCCCCACCACCGUCGCCGGCGGCGGCGACGCGCGGCGGUUCCCCUCCCACGCCGAGUUCCUCAGGUACCUCAGGGACUUCUGCGACGCGUUCGGGCUCAUGGACGUCGUCAGGCUCAACACCAGGGUCCUGCGCGUCGCCGCCGACCGCGACGGGUGGGCGGUGCGGAGCAGGCGCGGCGAGGUGGAGACGGAGGAGGUGUUCGACGCCGUCGUCGUGGCCGUCGGCAGCUACACCCAGCCAAGGCUCCCGAGCAUCGACGGGAUGGAGGCGUGGCCGGGGCGGCAGCUGCACAGCCACUCGUACCGCGUCCCGGACUCGUUCCGCGGCGAGGUGGUCGUGGUCGUUGGCUGCGGCUUCAGCGGCAAGGACAUUGCCCUGGAGCUCCGCCGCGUCGCCAGGGAGGUGCACCUCAGCGUCAGGUCGACGGAGGAGGCCAUGGCCUCGCCGGCGAUGUCCAAGAUGCUCGCCAGGUACGGCAACCUCCACCUGCGCCCGCAGAUCGCGCGGCUGUGCGAGGAGGAGGACGGCGCGGUCGUCGCGUUCGCCGACGGCUCGCGCGUCGCCGCCGACACCGUCGUCUACUGCACCGGGUACUCCUACUCCUACCCGUUCCUGGACACCGGCGGCAAGGUCACCGUCGACGACGACAACCGCGUCGGCCCGCUGUUCGAGCACGUGUUCCCGCCGGAGCUCGCGCCGUCGCUCUCCUUCCUGGGCAUCCCGAACAUGGUGACGACGAGGUUCUUCGAGGCGCAGGCGAGGUGGGUGGCGCAGGUGCUGUCCGGGAGGAGGGCGCUGCCGCCGGCGGGGGACAUGCUCCGCGCCGCCGAGGAGCACGCCCGCGCCAUGGACGCCGCCGGCGUGGCGAGGCGGCGCGCGCACGACGUGCCCGACCUGGGCGAGGAGUUCUGCGAGCGCAGCUGCGGCUUCCCGCGGCUGGAGGAGUGGGAGAAGGAGCUCAUAUGGACGUCCAUCACCGCCAUGCGCGACGACCUCGAGUCCUUCCGCGACGACUUCCGCGUCACCGACCUCGUCGCCGACGGCCUGCGCCGCCACGGCUGGAUCCUGGCGCCGGCGCCGGAGCCGGAGCCACUGCGCCAGGAGGACGUCGUCGCCGGCGACGGCGAGGGAGAAGGCGUGCAGCCGGUGCAGGCCAAUCAGGCGGCCGUGGCCUCUCCACUGGGCUUUAUCAAUUCAGCGUAAUACUCCACUGUGUAUUGCUCGCUCGGCUCGUAAAUAUUUCGCGGUUUGGAUAAAAUUUGGUCAAAUUUAACUUUCCAAACAUUUGUUGUAUAAUUUCUCAAAUCCUUAGUUUAAAACAAUUCGUAGUUUGAUAUUCAUGAGUAUAUUCGUGUUCAAAA